AUGGAGUAUUCCUCUGCUCUGUGGAGAGAAGUAAUUAGGUUCGAGAAAUCACUUUACGACCUGAUCAAAGGUCUAAGGAAUCAUAAAGGGGCAGAAGAUGAGUUUAUACAGGAUAGUCUUCGAGAAUGUAGGGCUGAGAUCAGAUCUCAAGAUAUGGAUAAGAAAGCAACUGCCCUCUUGAAAAUAGUUUAUCUGGAGAUGUUUGGGUAUGAUAUGUCAUGGGCAUCAUUUCAUGUCCUGGAAGUCAUGUCAUCUUCGAAAUAUCUGCAGAAGAGAGCUGGCUACCUUGGUGCAGUUCAAAGCUUUAGACCCGAUACUGACGUCUUGAUGCUGGCAACGAAUCUAUUGAAGAAGGAUCUCAUAUCGUCAAGUACUCCGAGCCUGUCCUUACCACUGACCACAUUACCACACAUUAUAACUCCUUCGCUUGCUAUGUCAUUGCUCCCUGAUGUUCUAUCUCGGCUUUCACACUCGCGCGGUGUUGUGCGCAAAAAGGCAGUUGUGUGUCUCUACAGACUUGCUUUGGUUUAUCCCGACGCACUCAAGUUUGCAUGGCCGAAACUAAGGGAGCGCCUCAUGGACGAUGAAGAGGAAAGUAGUGUAACUACGGCCGUGAUCAACGUCAUAUGUGAGCUUGGUUGGAGAAGGCCGCGUGAUUUUCUUCCACUUGCCCCGAGGCUCUUUGAAUUAUUAGUCGAUGGGGGGAAUAAUUGGAUGGCUAUAAAGAUAAUCAAGCUGUUUGCGACUUUGACACCCUUGGAACCUAGACUAAUUCGGAAACUCACUGGACCUCUGAUGAAUAUAAUUGAAACGACGACCGCCAUGUCAUUACUAUAUGAAUGCAUCAAUGGCGUCAUUCAAGGAGGCAUACUCGAUGGCGACGAAGCACUUGAAGAGAGGGAUGCAGUCGCAAGUCUCUGUGUCGGGAAACUUCGAGGAAUGAUUGUCGCGAAUUCCGACCCAAACCUCAAAUAUGUCGCGUUACUGGCGUUCAAUCGAAUCCUGCUCUCUCAUCCUGCAUUAGUAUCAGUUCACUGCGAUGUCAUCAUGGAUUGUUUGGAGGAUGCCGAUGUCUCAAUACGGAUUCAAGCCCUAGAGCUUGCGGCCAGAAUGGUCACAAGCGACACACUCCAGUCCGUCGUCGAUCGGCUGCUCAAGCAGCUUCAAGAUGCUACGACGUUUGAUCCUGUUGAGUCGAGACAUACCGCAGCAACAGAGAACUUGAACAAUCAGAAAGGACCCAUUACUUUGCCUGUGAGCUAUAGGAUCGACGUGAUGCAUCGGAUACUUGAUAUAUGUUCCUUCAACAACUAUUCGGACUUAUACGACUUUGAAUGGUAUGUCGACCUUUUGGUAGAAUUGAUGAAACUCCGACCACGGCAAACUAAACAACUCCGUUUUCCACGAACUAUUCGGGCGCUUGAAGACGAUAGUGGAGACGAUAUAAUGUCCCGAAUCUGUUCGGAAAUACGCAAUGUCGCCGUCCGUGUCAAAGGAGUCCGACUGCAGGCCACAAGAGCGGCAGAACUUCUGAUUUCCGUUGAGAACCGACAUUCAUUGUUCCUUCAACCUCAUACCGAUAGCCACGCCCUCGGAUCGCUAUCUUGGGUAGUCGGCGAGUAUUCGGACUGUCUUUGUACCCCUCAUCUAACGCUCCAGUCACUGAUCGACAUGUCAAACAUGUCACUUCCAGCUAAGGCAUUGUCCCUCUACGUUCAGGCAAUUCCUAAGGUGCUCAUACAAGUGGCCAAUGACCCACACCAAGAUUGGAACACAGCAACGGUGUGCGAGAUAUCACUAUUUUUUGCGCAAGUUAUCAAUUUUCUCGAAUCCCUGGCGGUUCAUCCUGAUCUGGAUGUGCAGGAAAGGGCCAUUGAAUUUCUUGAAAUGGUACGCUUGGCAGCUGAUGCACUAGUGACGGAACGCCACAGUUCGGAAGCAAUGCCUUUUCUGUUAUCGUCCAUAAUGCCCGGGUUGUUCUCUGGGCUGGAACUCAACCCAGUCGCUAUUGGCGCUCAGAAAAAGGUUCCUUUUCCAGGGGAUCUCAUUCUGAACGAAGCUCUCAAUCAAGAAUUCCCAACACUUCUCAGCGAAUCGGACUGGAAUCCCGAGAUCGACAGCCAGCACCCAUCUCAACAGUUUUACCAUGUCGCAGACACAUCCAGUUAUCAUAGCAUGCCCAUUGGGUCUGCUACAGUCGAGCUAUAUCCAGAUUCAUCAUACCAGGUUCCAGACGAUCGAUCAAAUGACCUAUCUGCCGCCAUUAAGCGGAGGGCCGAGCGCCAAGAACGCAACAGAGAGGAUCCCUUCUACAUCGUUACCGAAGAUCGUCCUUCUGGUGCGUCAGACCGAGACCACAGCAUCUCACCUAACGGCGAUUUGGAUGUCGACUCUAUCCCCAUAAUUAACCUUGAUUUGAGCACUUUUGGAGACCAACGUGGGGCUCCACUGUCAGACAGCAAAACUCGACACCACAAAGGUCAACGCCCCAGAAAACAUCGUGUCAUUGCUGAUGAAACCAUUGGACUGGAUGACUCCGUUCUGCCGAAAGCUGCGGAUGACCUUGACAAAAGCAAGCGUUCUCUCCUCCAAGUUGAUUCCAGUAGCCUUGGGCUCCCUACCUUGGAGGGGGAAGAUCGAAGCCCUAGUUCCACACUUAAUCUAGAUCAUACCGUUCAGGAUGAUGCAGAGAUGGUGAGAGCGAUGCGACAAGUAGAGAGGUUACGGUUGGAGAUGCAGCGAGCAUCGGAGCGAAUUCACCCGGAAGGCAUACCUGUGGAGGGUACACCUGUAAGAAAGAAAAAGAAAAGCAAGAAGGCCAAAGUGAGAGGACAUGCGACUGCCAAUGUAUUACAGGAUACAACUCAAGCGGAAAAGGAUGGUACCCGCGAGAUGUGA